CGAACCCACACACGGAAGAAAACAGUGGAUCAGUCGAUCCUGUCUCCGAUCCGAGUCCCGCUCCGGGUCGACAUCCACACCUGCGCGCCAAAGAAAAAGGUUCUUGCUUUAUAAUCUCGACACCCCACCAGGCCACCAUCACCAUCAGCUGCUUCCCCAAUUUGAGAUCUCGCGGCGUCCUGAGUAAGGCGGAAGAGGCGCAGAAGAUCAGCUUAACCGAUGGCCCGCGUGGAGGGUUCAUACCAUCGGCGCAACAUGUCGGCGGACGAGAUUGCAGCCAAGAAAGCGGCGGCCGGCAAGGAUUGUCCGCUGAAGCCGUGCACCACCACGAAAAGGAAGUCAGAGGAGGCGGUGUCGGCCGGCGACGAGUGCCCGCCGGAGCCACGCAUCACCAAGAAAAGCAAGGUGCAGGCGGCGACGGUGGCCAAAGGCGAGGAGGCUCCGGCGAAAAAGAUGACCCGGCUGCCGCAGAAGGAGGUUGCUUGGAUCCUCGCCCAGGAGGCCUUUGAACCUGACCAUCGCGUCCGGCCUGAAGUCAGGGCCCUGAGACGCCUGCGCCGUGACCUGUGGCCUCCGGCGGAGGAGAUGUCCCGCAGUUACAUCGCUGCACGGGUCUUCAUUCAAAUUGAGGAGGACUUCGCCGAACACCAGGCCUGGGUCCGCAGACAGUACCGCAGGCAUGGAUACGUCGAGGUGGACGACGACUUCCUGGCUGACAGGGCCAACGCCCGAGCAAUUUGCGACAAAGCACGGGACGAGGCAUUCAAAGACGUGGACUUCUCCGGCAUCGAGGAUCUCAAGGAAAUGUUCAUGGACUUGUGGUCAUGAACCCAUGUCAUUUGUCUACGAUCAUCGAUCUAAGAACACAGUUGUAAAUUUAGAUGUCAUGUGUUUUUCUGUCUUAUUAUGAUCAAAGGAUAUAUCAUUGUAUCGUUACUGUCAUCCACCAUGUGAUCUGGGCAGUGUUGAACCAUUUUGUGUAAUAUAAUAAUUCAGCGAGUUA